CAACUUUCUUCAGUUUUUCGUGUUUCAAGUGAAAGAGAAAGAGACUGAAAAACAAAGAGCUCUGGUAGAGAACACUGUUCGUCGGACAUGGCACAGGAGGAAAGACCCAAAAUUCUCGUUGCCCUGGACGAGAGCGAUCACAGUUUCUACGCUCUGGAAUGGACUCUGGAUCACUUAAUCAUUCCUUUUGGCUCCAGCCCACCUUUUCAGAUUCUCCUCAUCCACGGUCAACCCACACCCUCCUCCGCUCUUGGCCUCGCCGGCCCCGGGUCGGCGGAAGUUAUGCCAAUUGUAGAGGUGGACUUGAAGAAAACAGCUACAAAAAUUAUGAACAGGGCCAAAGACCUAUGCAUCAGCAAGGGGAUUAACGAAAAAGAAUUGGGGAUUGAAGUAAUGGAAGGAGAUCCUAGAAAUGUUGCGUGUGAGGCUGUAGAUAAACACCAUGCAACUAUUUUGGUUCUUGGAAGCCAUGGAUAUGGAGCUAUGAAGAGGGCGGUCCUGGGCAGCGUAAGUGACUACUGUGCUCACCAUGCUCAGUGCACUGUGAUGAUCGUGAAGAAACCAAAGGUGAAGAUUUGAGCAGAACUCGGCUUCCUAUCAGGGAUGGAAAAUUAAAUCCCCUCCUUAGCGUUUCAUUCUUUUCUAGCUGAUUUCUUUGAUUAGUAGAUAGCUUUAUUGUUGACAGGUUCAUUUGUCUGCAAAUUAAUAAAACUUUGGCAUUGUCCAGCAUCAAGUCAUGCUGUGUACCAACAAAUCUGUGAAUUAGCA